AUGCCAUCUUCUACCGCCGAAGAACCUCUCUUGUCAAAUCAGCACGGCGAGGAAGAAGAGGAGAAUGAGGUAGAUGAUGAUGCUUCACUACUUCUCGAGAAGAAUUUGAGUAAACCUGGGCUAUUUGUUUGGUUACUUGCUUUCUCGGCAGGUAUUACUGGGUUAUUGUUUGGAUACGACACUGGCGUAAUAUCCUCCACCCUAAUAAGUCUCCAUACUUCUCUCGGCCGCCCUUUAACUACCAUCGACAAAUCCCUAAUAACAUCAUGCACCUCUCUCUUCGCUCUCAUCAUCUCUCCCCUUUCCGGCGUCCUCGCUUCCUCUCUUGGUCGCAAACGUGUUGUCCUUCUAGCAGACUUGGCAUUCGUUCUCGGCGCACUCAUCCAGGCGUUUACAACUACAGUAUGGGGUAUGAUACUUGGACGAAGUAUUGUAGGACUCGCGGUUGGAGCAGGCAGUUUCGUUGCUCCAUUAUAUAUAAGUGAAUUGGCACCUACUAUGUGGAGAGGCAGAUUAGUGGUGCUGAAUGUAUUAUUCAUUACUUUGGGACAAGUUGUGGCUUAUAUUGUUGGCUGGGCGUUUGUAGAAUGGGGAAGUCUAGAGACGGGGUGGAGGUGGAUGGUUGGUUUGGGUGCAGUGCCUGCAGCGGUGCAGAUUUUGGUGAUGCUGUUUAUGCCGGAGACGCCAAGGUGGUUGGUACAAGUCGGGAGGGUAGAUGAGGGGAGAAUUGUUUUGAGUAGAGUUUUUGGGAAAGAGAUUGAGAUGCAAAAGGUGGUAGAUGAGGUUUUGAAGGGAAUCGAAAGGGAAGUGAGAGAGGAAGAUGAGGCGAAAAGGUUAAGAGAGAUGGCAAGGAAAACUAAGGGAUCAGAGGAUUCCUGGGUAAGUGACGCGAAAGAUAGCUGGGAAGAAUUAAUAGGGGUUGGAGGAAACAGGAGAGCUUUGACAAUUGCCUGUCUUCUCCAAGGUCUCCAACAGUUAUGUGGUUUCAAUUCACUCAUGUACUUCAGCGCCACAAUCUUCACCCUCGUUGGGUUCUCGUCUCCAACUCUUACAUCUCUCUCCGUCGCACUCACAAACUUCAUCCUAACCUGCGCCGCUCUCAUGCUCAUCGACCGCAUCGGCCGUCGUCGUAUCCUUCUCAUUUCAAUUCCCGUAAUGGUUAUAGGACUGCUCCUCUGCUCCAUAGGCUUCCACUUCAUGGAUCUUCCUUCCACCUUCUCCUCCACUGCCUCUGAAUCCUUUUCCACAUCUACAUCCCGCCUCCCACCCCUCAUCAUCCUAAUAGCAAUAAUGCUCUAUACCGCAGCCUUUGCCCUCGGUCUCGGAAACGUCCCAUGGAUGCAAUCCGAACUCUUCCCCCUCUCAGUCCGUUCCCUCGGCUCAUCUCUCUCUACAUGUACAAAUUGGUCGGCAAAUUUUAUCAUAGGACUUACGUUUCUACCAAUGAUGGAACAGCUGACUCCGACGUGGACGUUUGCUGUGUAUGCGGUAGUAUGCGCAGUUGGCUGGUGGGCGAUUUGGUGGGUGUAUCCUGAGACAAAGGGUCUGGGAUUAGAGGAGGUGGGUUUGUUGUUGAAGGAUGGGUGGGGUGUUAGAGAACGGAAGGGGCAAGAGGCAAUGAAUUGUGAUGAAGAGAGGGAAGAGAGAGGGUAG